GUAUGCGUACUUGCCAGAAUCUUUGGAUUUCGAUCAUACUUUUAUAGAACAAAGAUGACAGGCAAAAGGUGUUCCGAACAACUAGACCCCGACCAAUAUCGGCAAAACCAAAGACGCCAACGAGCUAGACCUUCUUUGGCCUGUGCAAUUGGGGAGGUUGUAAAGAUGAAUUUUGUUCAAAAUUUUUGCGAAGUGUUAGAGCCGAUGCUUCGAAGAGUGGUGAAUGAGGAGGUUGAGAAUGCCCUAAGAAGAACAUUAUCUUGCACUAACUCGAAUGCCAUGCGCUUCAAGUCACUCGAACCCUCAACCAUGCAGCUUAAAUUCAGAAAGCAUCUUACACUCCCAAUAUUCACAGGAACCAAAAUACUAGAUGAAGAUGGAAACCCCCUUGAGAUAUAUCUUUCUGACAUUAACAACAAUCAACAAUCAACCUUUGCUGGUACUAUGAAGUUACAGAUUGUUGUGUUAGAUGGGGACUUCCCUUCUGUUGAGGGUAACAUAUGGACAAGUGAUGAUUUUGAAAAGCAUAUAGUGAAGGAACGAAGAGGCAAAAGGCCGUUGCUUGCUGGAGACGUAAGUGUUACCAUGAAGGAUGGUGUUGUUUUCCUUGGUGAUAUUGAGUUAACUGAUAACUCAAGCUGGAUUCGUAGCAGGAAGUUCAGAAUUGCAGCGCGAGUUGUUCAAGGACCGAGUCAUGAACUUGUUAUACGCGAGGCUAUGACUGAAGCCUUUGUUGUUAAAGAUCAUCGUGGCGAAUUGUACAAGAAGCAUCAUCCGCCGAUGCUCGAUGAUGAUGUGUGGCGUUUAGAGAAGAUUGGAAAAGAUGGAGCGUUUCAUAAGAAACUCGUUGCAAAUAAUAUCAAAACCGUUCAAGAUUUCUUAAGGCUUUCGAUUGUUAAUGAAUCUAAGCUUAGAACGAUUUUAGGACUUGGGAUGUCGGAUAAAAUGUGGGAAGUAACGAUUAAUCAUGCGAGAAGAUGUGUUCUUGACAACAAGCUAUAUGUAUCUCGUGGACCAAACCAUAGCAUCUUCUUCAACCCUAUAUGCCAAGUAUCUAAAGCAGUAAUCAACGGAGAAACUUUUAAUGGCAGAGAUCUUUCAAGGCUAAAUAGGGCGCAUAUUCAAAAAUUUGUUGCAGAGGCUUAUCAAAGAUGGAACUCAUUGGAAGUAGUUGAUGGUCUUUUGAAUGACAUCCCACUUUUAACACAAGGUGAUAUGGUAGAUCAACAUCCAAGUAUCUGUGCCAUAACAACGGGGACAUAUGAUGGUCGAGUUUUUCGGGCAGAUCAGACCUCAGAGUUAGCAUUUGUGUCGAACCAUGACAAUGUUGGUGUGAUGGGUUCGGCUUAUUAUUACUCUCCGGUUAAUGCUUACAACUUCUCAGAAUCAUCAUCACAAGGCGAACUUUCGGCAACAUACAAGUUCAUCGAUUAAUUUUGAUUUGUUAAUAUAAUCAACAUGGAAAUUUGUAAAUAGGUACCUCAUUUCAUGGUGAUACAAAACUACUAUAUAUUAGCGAUAUAUUUACUUUAUAUAUUUAACAUUUACUAGUGGGGUG